AUGGUUACAUGGGUAGAUAUUCUUUCAACACCAUCUAAUUUGCUCAUUAAUACAGAGAUAAAUCCAUGUAUAUGGCCUAAUCAAACAGAUGAUGAUCUUCGUCUAUUGGAUGGUUUCUUAUCACCAACAAUACAUGGAAUAUCAAAUAUUCCUAAUCUUUCAUUUACAAAUCAUGAUAAUUUUUCAUCAACGGUUAAUAUAAAAAAUCAACAAGAAAAUAAUAAUAAUAAUUCUACGAACAAUGAAAAACAAUUAAUUGGACUGUUAGGUUCUAAUCUUUUCAUUUAUCAUCUUCCAUCGAAAUUUACUGAUCAUGAUUUAGCACAAACAUUUUCUCCAUUUGGUAAUAUUCUAUCAGCUAAAAUCUUUAUUGAUAAAUUAACAAAUCGAAGUAAAUGUUUUGGUUUUGUUUCAUAUGAUAAUAUCUAUUCAGCUCAUCAAGCAAUAAAACAAAUGAAUGGUUUUCAAAUUGGUUUAAAACGAUUAAAAGUUCAAUUAAAAAAAAUUCGUAUACAAUAA